UCUCUGCUGGUCAACUUCCUACUAUUUUCUAAUCGAAGGUUCAGUGUUUGCCUAGGCUAACAGAUCCGACGUUCGAGGUCAGAAUUUGCCUAUAAGCAGAGCAGCAGUCCAACACAUUGCAUCACGCCAUCACCCGGCCCUUACGAUACGGUCUCAUCAACAAACAAUGGCAGCACCACAAGAAGUCGCAAAUCACGGCCAUUGCAAGAAGCUCCUCGCUUGCGCUGCUCCAUGCGCUCUGCUCGCCUUGCCUCUCGUCUACAUCCUCCUCUGCUCUCCACCAUCUUUCAUCCCAUCCACCGAUCUCUUCGAUGCAUUUGAAGCUCGUCGCACUGGCACAAGCACACCCCGUCCUCAAGUUUCACCCCGGCCGCCGGCCCAGCAAAAUGUGCCGAAAUGCGACUACGGCGAGGGGAAGUGGGUGUGGGACGACGGCGUCGCCGGCCCGCGGUACGACAGCGCGAAGUGCGACUUGAAGGGCACGCAGAAGUGCGCCCUGAACGGAAAGCCGGACAACGGCUACCUCCACUGGCGGUGGCAGCCGGCUGCGGCUGGUUGCAACCUCUCGGCGCUCGACCCGGCGGAGUUCCUCGGCAUGGUCCGGGGCAAGCGCCUGGCUUUCGUCGGCGACUCGACGGCCCGCAACCAGGCGGAAGCCCUCGUCUGCUUCCUCUCCACGUUCUCGCGGCCGGAGACCACGCACCGGUACGAGGAGCGGCCCGGCGCCAAGUUCUGGCGCUGGGUCUUCCCUGCGCCGCACGACGUCAUCAUCUCGACUUACUGGUCCCCGUUCCUCGUGCGCGCCGACACGAACGGCACGCAGACGCAGGGCACGGCGGUGUUCCUGGACGCGCUCACGGACGAGCCGUGGGCGGCGGACGUGGACGCCAUGGACGUCGUGGUGAUCUCCGCGGGCCACUGGUUCCCGCGCCCGGCCGUCUACUACGAGGCCGGCCGGAUCAUCGGCGCCUUCUCCCGUCCAGACGUGGUUCUCAACGGGACCGACAUCAGCGGCGGCUACCUCGGCGUGUACCGCAGGGCGACCCGUGCGGCGCUGGAGCACGUGGACGCGGAGUCGGGCAGGGACAAGCUCGUGGUUGUGGCGACCAUCGCGCCGGCGCACUUCGAGCUCAGCUGGGAUCACCGCGACGCGUGCUCCCGGACGAAGCCGUACGACGAUGACGGGUGGAAAGUGGUGGGGGAAACGGAGGCGGAGAUGAGGAAGGCUGUGGUGGAGGAGACGGCCAUGGCGUCGGCGCGGAGGCGGCGGUGGGGGAUGCGGUACGAGGUGCUGGACGUGACGCGGAUGGCGGCGCUGCGGCCCGACUCGCACCCGGGCGUGUACAUCUACGAGGGAGCCUACGCGGGGGCGCCCGUGCCGGAGAAGGCGCCCAACGACUGCCUCCACUACUGCGCGCCCGGGCCCGUCGACACGUUCAACGACGUGCUGGCGCGGAUGAUCGCUGCUGCGCGCGGCUGAUCGAACGAGCUUGUUUUGUUUGACUGGGUUUUGCUUGCCGACGUGUCGUGAUUCGGUGAAAGGCCGGCCGGCGCGUGAUGCCAGGCGGCCACAUGCUUUGCGCGCGUGAUCGAGGCGGACGGCCCUGAAGCAUUGAAGCGAGGAUACAAGUAUAGCACGGAGCAGUGUGCAUGGCCGGCGCGUUUGGUGGAUCUAUCGAACCGAACGAUCGGUCAACCGCGAGAACUUGCUAGAUACGGAGUACUUUUUUAUAGAACGUUGAACAAACUGAUGCUGCGGAUCUAGCUAGCGGAGGAGUGCUACUAACUUACCUCCCUUCAACAAUAGGUGCGUAUUAGUUUUACUCAUGACCAAUGUUUUGAUCAUAAAAUACUUUUUUAUAUAUUAUUAUGACAGAUUUAUAUCCAUCUAUAUAAUAUCUAAUUAAAGUAGCAGA